CCCUGCAGCCUGCACCUCCCUCUCUGCUGGGUCCUGUGCAGGGCAGGAGGAGCUGUCUGCACCCACUGCUGCACUCCUCUCUGGGACUAAUGAGAGAGAAGCAAGGAGUGUGAUGAUAUACACCACACAUUCACAUGAGAGAAUUGAAGAAAACCAGCAGUGAAGAUGAAAAGCAACUGGAAAAUUACAGCUUUCUUUUACGUGUGUAGUUUUCUGUGGUCUUUCAUCUCAGCAACCAUCCAGCACCAAUCAAGACUACCAGCCAUUCUGGGUGCUAGUCACAGAAUUGAUAUCUGCCCAACAAUCAGGAUUGGCCAAGAUGACUUACCAGGCUUUGACCUGAUUUCUCAGUUCCAAAUAGAAAAAGCUGCUUCCCAAGGAGUUAUUGAACGAGUAGUAGGCUCCACUUCUCUACAAGUGGCUUAUAAAUUGGGACCCAAUGUAGACUUCAGGAUACCAACCAGUGCCAUCUAUUCCAACGGAUUGCCUGAUGAAUAUUCCUUUCUAACUACUUUUCGGAUGACUGGGGCCACACUUCAGAAAUACUGGACUCUUUGGCAGAUCCAGGAUUCUUCAGGAAAAGAACAAGUUGGAGUGAAUCUUAAUGGCCAAAUGAAAAGUGUUGAGUUUUGUUAUAAAGGAGCAGAUGGAAGACUCCAAACUGCAUCAUUUUUGCAUUUGCCUUUCUUGUUUGACUCCCAAUGGCACAAGCUUAUGAUAAUCGUGGAAGCAAAUAGUGUCACACUUUUUAUUGACUGUAUUAAAAUAGAAUCCUUAAACAUAAGACCAAAGGGGAAAAUCCACACUGAUGGCUUUGCUGUGCUUGGAAAACUUAAAAAUAAUCCACAAAUUUCAGUUCCA